CACAUGCGCCCAGCAUAACCGUUUGGCAUUGGAACGGUCCAGGGGGGCAAUCAAGACAAUAUGAAGUCUUUUAUAAUAUGCGAUGAUGCUAUGCGAUGAUCGAACUGCCAUCAAAAAGGCUGUGUGAGUGUCAACACUAGUUGAAACGUUGAACGUUGAACGCUUGUGGUUCUGUGUGAUGUCAGCACAUAUAUAUCAUCGUCGUUCUCCAUUUUGACAAGCCACGUCUCGCGCACAUUUGAUUCAUUUCCGUCCGAUCCUGCCAUGGCCGCUCCAGUAGACACCAAUGCUACCCCGCCUGUCAAUAACCCUCAGCCUCGGCUUGCGCCCGAAAUCCGCGAGCGCAUCAUCGACCAUCUCAGUCCAUAUUUGGAAAGGCCGACUCUGUUGAACGAGGGCGACGCCGAGAGUCGCGCGGGCCUUUUCGAGGAGCUCGCGCUCCACACUCGCGAACAGGCGAUCGCCUGUGCGAGGUCACUGACGCAAACACCUCUCCUCGGUGCCCGUGUGCGAAGCUUACAGAUAGGGAAUUCGAAGACCGAAGUGACUGGUCCGGAGUUGGCAUCGAUUCUCAUAACGCUGGCAGGGAAACUUCCGAAGCUGGCCUUGCUCAACUUCUUCGACGUCAGCUUCGAGCAAAGCUCUAUGCGCAAUUUGGCUUUUUGGUGCUUGCCCGAAUUCAGUCAUAUCACAUCGCUGUCGCUACGUAAUGUGAUGUUGCCAUCGGCGAGCUCCUUCUUUCAGGUCGUCUGUUCAUUUCCUCGUCUGCAGUCCCUUCGUUGCUAUUAUCUGCGCUGGAGCGCAUCAAGGUCCAUGGCUCCACCGCCUGAAUGCCACCGCAUGCCUUUGACGGCAGUGACUUAUUUUGACUUGUACCUGUCGUGCUUCGAAGGCAUUGGACAUAUUCUUCUCUGUCUGCUGGAUUAAGCUACCCUCAAAACACUCGACUUACAUCUGCAAGUCUCUGCGGCGGCUCUUACUUUCGCUCAAGACCUCCUGAAGAUCGCCGGCACGAGGCUCAAGCGGGCAAAUUUCAUUUUCCGGGCACCAGAGGAAGAUGGCCAUAGCGACAUCCAACCCUUACUCUGUG